AUGCAAGUCACCUUCGCCCUAUCAAAUUUGACGGAACGAGCAAAGAAUUGGGCCUUAGGGCUCAAGCUUCACGACCCAAACUUGUUUGAGUCGUUGGAGAUCUUGACGUCUCGUCUCAAAGAGACGUUUGAGCCGGCGAGAGCCGAGUUCAGAUCACGCUCUUUACUCCUGAAGCUAAAGCAAGGUAAUCGUGACGUGCACGCUUACGCACAGCACCUGCGCUAUCUUGCGAGUAGCAUUACGGAAAACCAUGUUGAUGAGCACACGCUCAUCAACGUGUUCAUCGACGGCCUUGUGGAUGGGCCGGUGAAGACCUACAUGUUUCAAGAGGACUUCCAUACGCUGAAAAAGGCAAUAGCGUAUGCGAAAAAAGAAGACUUCAGCCUGAUACGGUCUCAGGCUAACUUGUUGAACUAUCGUCCAACGAGACGACAGGAAACAGGAGGUCCCGAACCAAUGGACCUCUGUUCUAUCGAGAGCUAG